GCCAUGGCGCGGGACAAGCCGGAGGCGGCGGCCGAGUCGGAGGCGGCACCGGAGCUCUCGUACCGGGAGCAGCUCGAUUUCCUGAACCCCAUUGCGCAGCCUCUCGCGUCCCGCAAGCUCACGCGAAAGCUCCUCAAGUGCAUCAGGAAAGCGACCAAGCAGAAGCAGGUCCGCCGCGGUGUGAAAGAGGUGCAGAAGUUCAUCAACAAGGGCGAGAAAGGGAUCACGGUGCUGGCCGGAGACACGCUGCCCAUCGAUGUUUACUGCCACAUCCCCAUCAUGUGUGAGGACAGAAGUCUCCCGUACGCAUACGUCCCUUCCAAAACGGACCUGGGAGCUGCAGCCGGCUCCAAGCGCCCGACCUGUGUCAUCAUGAUCAAGCCCCACGAGGAGUACCAGGAGGCCUAUGACGAGUGUUUGGAGGAGGUGUCGGCCCUUCCUAUGCCGCUGUGAAGAGCUGGGACCGGGCUGUGCCCUACGGGGCCGUGGCAGGUCCCUGUCCCUCUACCCGGGGGCUGCAGGGCUGUUUCUGAGGACUCUGCCGAGAG